GAUCAACGGAUCUCGUUCAAAAUGCUGAGGGAGCUCGUCGUUCUCGCUAGUCUCAUUUUCCUAAGUUACGCUUGUCUAAUUACGAAUUGCCCCCACGGUGGGAAAAGGGGCGACAUCGCGCCUUCUCUGGGAGUUGUCACUCGAGAAUGUCCUCUGUGCGGUCCUAACCAUCUGGGUCAAUGCUUUGGACCUCACAUUUGCUGUGGUCCCAGUAUUGGAUGCUUCAUAGGAACACCAGAAACAUACCGGUGCAGGAAGGAAAGUCUAUAUGCUAGGCCCUGCAUUGCAGGAUACGCAAUGUGUCGUGGAAAUACAGCCAGAUGCGCCACGAAUGGGAUUUGUUGCUCACAAGAAUCCUGCCAUAUGGACACGUCGUGCAGAAUUUCCGAUGUCGUUGGCAAUGAUCGCAAAAUGGACACGGAUCUGAAUGUGAUACUGUCGAGCAACGAAGUCUCCCACGAGAUACUUCAGUAAUAUAAUUAAUUAAUUUCAUAAUUAUCGCGCUUAUAUAUCCAAUCAUCUCAAUGUCUCAAAUUACAUUUAAAAAAAUACAACAAUGUUGUGCUAACGACGAAUAAUAAAAGCGUAUGUACGUAUGUAUGUAUUUAUCACAUAAGUACGAUAUCAAGUUUUGUUCAAUUUUGUCUCGACGAAAUGACGCCGACAUGUCGAAUCUUAUACUGUGCUGAUAAAUUUCCAACAAAUAAACGUG